UUAGAGGGGUAUGUUGUCGAUAUCUUAGACGAUACUUUUUGAUGGGUUACUACCCCUGUCUUCUGCCAGUGCAACGCAUGACGGGACGGUGUGGGUAUUUACCACCGGGUCGGUAAUCGCUUUUAGUUUGUGUCGGAUACGAUUUUCCUAGGGUUGACUGGACACUGGACGCGGGUUAUCCAACUUUCAAUAGUUUUCGUUCUGGAAUCUGAAGUAAACAUGGAAAAUCAGAUGGACAUUGAUUCCAGAAACUCGUCGCCAAGAAGUUUAAAGAGAAAGAGACUCAGCAAUGGAACCAACAAUUCUGUCAGCAAUGAACAGUCUUCUGAAAAUGGUACUGUCUGUAAUGGAUCUGCAGAAAGUGAAACUGCAGAAGAGGGAAAAGAAAUUGGUGAUGUCCCAAAGGAGUCGAGCAACAAGCCUGUUGUAAAUGGAGAUUGUCAUUCACCUGGUGAUGGUAAAAAUAAAGAUAGCCACAAGAAUAGUGAGGGGGAUGCUUCAGACACAGCUGACAAUGAGACUAGUCUGUCUGAUAAGAAGUCCUCCAUAAGCUCUGCUGUGUCGGGUUCUAGUGCUGAAGAGGAUUCAGAAACUAUUAUUACAGACAAGCAGGCGAAACAGAUCUCAGGAACAAGUGAGACAAAAAGUGCAGAAGAUUCUAAAACUGGACGCUGUCUCUCAGAACCAACGGCCGUUGGUGAAAAGACAGAAGAAAAUCAAGUCAAAAGUAAAUGGAAUGGUACGGACAAGAAGGCUGCAGAUGUAUCUGUGGUGAGCAAUGGUCCCAGUGUGACUGUUUCUGAUAAGUCAAAGAGCUCUCUUCCAAAGGAUGAAGAUUCAAUGAACAAUGAUGACAUUGAAAUUGUUGGAGAAUCAAAAGUUAUAAACAUGAAUGGACCGUUUAGCUCCAGCUCAUCUCCUCAAAAUGUUGUGUUUGUGCCCGCAGCUGUUUCAAACAGUAUUGCCACACUCCCUCUUAUGACUCAAGGAUUUCAAGCCAGCCUUUUCAGUCAAAACAUGCUUCCUGCAGGUCGAGGCGUCGCUGGUCUCAUGCCAGGCCAUGCUUCAGCUGGUAUGGGAUCUCUACCCUCUGGCUUUAUGCUCUCCUCAGGAGGGCUUCAAGCUCAGAAUGCGGUCCCUACUUCCUCUUCCAACAUAUCUGUUAUGGCUCCAGCUGUAGCUCCCCCGAAACCAAAAUCUAGUCUCGAUCAGAUUGAGUUGAUUCGCUGGGAAAUUCACAAUCGUGUCAAUACACGCCCCAAGUACUUCAAGCCUAACCCAUCGUCAGACCUUGGCCCACUUGCAAAGUUUCUCUUUGACAUUGGAUCUGAUUUGAUCAAAGAAUCUGUUUAUCAUGAGCUUGUGAAAAUUCAGUCAAAGAAACAUGAUGAAGAGAAGCUAACUGAAAAAGAGAAGGAAGAUUUAGAAAAACUGAAAGAGAUAGAGAAAGAUUUAUAUGCUACAAUUGGUCACCUCAAGCUGAAGAUGAAGAAGCGUUGCAAAACGUGCCACUUUCAGACAGAAUCUACGAAUGUUCUCUAUUUGCAUAAGCAGUUCCCACAUGAGGAGAACAAGCUUCUUCAUUGCUCUCAUUGUAAAUUCACUUCCAAGCAGCCAAUGGCAUACAAGUUUCAUGUUGAAGCUGAGCACAAUAUCCAGCCAAGAGUAUAUGAUAAGAAAGCCUUUUAUGAAUGUGAUAUGUGUCCAUAUGAGAACAAUCAGGAACAAAAGGUGGUCUUACACAAACAGAGGUGUUUGAAACAGUUCAGGCCACACUUCAAUCUUCACCCAAGUUGUCUUUCGGGUGCUGAAAUAAAUUUGUGCCUAGAAAAUAUCUUCUACAAGCCUGUCGUCCCAAAGAAUUUGAAACUAUUGCAACAGAAACAUGCUCAACAACAAGCAGCUCUAGCAGAGGCUCGGAGACAGCAAGCUCAAGUUCAAGCAUUGGCUGCCCAGAAAAAUGCAGCUGCUGCUGCUGCUAAGAAGCAGCUCGCCAAUCAGCGGCUCCCCCAAGCUAUAGCCCCACGGCAGUUGCAGGGAUCACAAAUGAACAGGUUGCCCUCACAGUCUCGGGGCCACCAGCAGUCGAUGCGUUUCAACGAGAACAGUGUACCUAAAGGUGUGCGACCCACUGUGGCGAAUAUGCUGAACAACAGACAAAACAUUCCAACCCAUGGACCAGCACAGCACGGAUCAGCCAAUACAGCUGGGGGGUUUGAGGUUUGUGAGAUUUGUGGAGGAUAUGUGAAGGACCGCAAAGCAUUGAGGAUUCAUUUCUUUUAUGCCCAUCGCAUUGAUCUUCCAUUUAAUUUGUUUGAGCGCACUCAAGCCCCUCUCUACUGUGCCACAUGCUACGUCAGAUUUUGGACCGCUCAGGGCCUGCGUAAACACAUUGACACUCAUAAAGAAGAAAACCAAACACAAGGUGUUGUUGGCAAGUGCAUUUCCUGUGGUCAUCAAGUCUUGAAUCUGCUUCUUCACAUGCGCAUUGUUCACAACCGAGAGAUCCAGCACUACAUCAAUGCCCUGAUGUGCAUGUUUUGUGGAAGUCAUUUUGGGUCUCGAGCUGAAGUAGAACGUCAUAUUAAAUUUAUUCACGGCAACAUUGAUCCAAUCUCUGGUGCCAUUAAAGGUAAAGGAAGUCCAAGUGUUCAGUCGUCGCCACAGCAGUCUCAGAAAGGUUCUUCAAAGCGUUCAGGAAACUCAGCACCCUUGAAAGGCAGUGUUUGUGUCCUGUGCAAUCUGAACUUUGGACGCAAUGUUGACCUCACUCGCCACUGCAUGAGAAUGCACCACACUUGCAUGAAGUGUGGAAUGGUCGUGAUUGACAAGGCCUCUCUUAUGAAGCACACUUGCCUCUCCUCACCCAGUGGAACUCGCAAUUGUGCCAUGUGCGAGGAAACUGGAUUCCAUCCUGCCUAUUUUGUGAAGCAUCUGAGAGACAAGCAUCUCAAGAAGUUCUCAAUCAAAAUUGCUCGCUUAUCAAAGAAUACAAUUGAGAGAUGGACAAAACGCCCUUUCAAUGUCCAGGAACCAGAGAAAGUCCUUGUGGAAAUCUCUGAUUCAUCGGAUGAUGAAUGCGGAAGUGACAAGCCAAGUGUGACACCACCACUUGUUGUUACCAAACAUGGAAAACGUCCCCGCAUGGGACCAGCAUCAUUCAUCAAAAAGUAUCGUGAAAAGUUGGAAGCUGAAAAAAUCAGAGACGCCGAGGUUGUCAAAAUUGAUGAUGAUAAUGAAGAAAUAGCUGCAGGUCCUAAAACUGAAGACAAAGACAGAGAAACAGAAAAUGCUAGUGAAAGUGAAAGAAAGGGGGCUCUCGAUGUUGGUGAACCAAAAAAAUCUCCUGGUCCAAAACGAAAAAUGGGACCACUGUCCUCAUAUGAAAGGGCUGCGAAAAGGAAGAGGUCGGCAUAAGGCUUUAGCUCAUUUUUUGACUCAUUCAAAACAAUGAAAAUAUAUCGGAUACAGUGGCCUCACUCUGACCCUUUUGCAAAAACUAAAUGUCUCUUGAGAACAGACAUAUAUCUUCCUAUGGGUACCGGUACAGCUUGUCUUGAAAAAUGGCACACAUGAUGGCCAGUCACUACAUGUAUUUGUAUAUUUCUGUGUCACCCUGUGCGAAUUUUAAAAAAAUGUGUAUUUAUACAUUUUGCUUCUGCCUCUCAGUGCUGGAUCAAUUUGAUAAUGUUUCUUUGUUAGAAGACAUGUUACAGUAGUAGCAAUUUGCUUGAGUCACUGUUAUUUGAAGCACUUGACCCAGUAAUUUGGGUUCAUGUCCUGCCUAUAGUUGUGCACAUUGUGUUGAUUAUUGAAUAAACCAGUGCCUGCAGGUUAGAUGAAGGGUGAGUUGAUGGAUUUUUGUACAUUAUCGUGCAGUUCAAUUUGAAUGACUAUAAACAAAACUUAACUGUAUUUGAUGGAAAUGGUCAGGUGUAGCAUUUGUCUUUCGCUUUAGGGGUAUUUAAAUAUGCAUCAGAGUAAGAAAUCCAUUAGAAAUAAAAAUGAUUCACAGUGAUUGGUAUUAUUUAGUCCAGUCUUUUGCCUGUAUUUUUAUUUUCCCCCUGC